UCCUCACCCUUGAUAUAGAGGCAGACGGGUGUCAAUGGCGGCAGAAGUGGAACAAAAUGUAAAAGAGAAGGAACAGGGAUGCACGAUUCGAAGGAUGAACAGGACAGGCAGAAUGUCUGGGGACCAAAGGAGAAGACGGGUUGGAAUUGUGGGCUAUGGGCAUCUAGGCCAGUACCUGGUGAAACGGCUACAAGAUGAUGGACUCCGACAUGGGCUGGAGCUGGCCUUUGUUUGGAACCGGGACGCCAAGAAGCUGGUGGAGACCGUGCCAGUGGAGCUGCAGCUGGGGAAGCUGACUGACUUCUUGGAGCGGCGGGCUGACAUCAUCAUUGAAGUGGCCCAUCCCUGCAUUGUCCAAGAUCAUGGGGAGUCCUUUGUGAAAGCUGCAGAUUUCAUGGUGGGAUCGCCAACAGCCUUGGCAGAUUUAGACACCGAGCUUAAAUUACGCAAAGCUUCAAGAGAGGCCGGGCACACCCUCUAUAUCCCCAGUGGGGCUCUAUGGGGUGGACAAGACAUCCAGAGGUUGGGUGACGGAGGGAUGCUUCAGGCAUUGACUGUUACAAUGGUGAAACACCCCAGCAGCUUCCGACUGGGUGGGCACCUGGGGGAGCUCGUGAAGGGUGCCCAGCAGGAACGUGUGGUCCUCUACGAUGGCCCCGUGCGGAGAUUGUGUCCCUUGGCUCCCAACAAUGUCAACACCAUGGCAGCAGCCUGCAUGGCUGCCCCCAGCCUGGGCUUCGACGGCGUGAGAGGCUGCCUUAUAGCUGACCCCAACCUCCCCGAUUACCAUGUGGUGGAGAUCGAGGCCACUGGACAAGGCGGCUUCUCCGUCAGCACGAAGCGCAAGAACCCAGCUGCCUGUGGGGCCGUUACAGGGGCAGCCACUUUUGUGGCUUUCUGGAGCAGCCUGUUAGUGUGCCAAGGCCAUGGAGGCAGAGUGUAUCUCUGCUGAGCAUUAUUGCAUCUGUUCCCUAGAGGAUUCACAGAUGAUCUCUGUGGGUGCCGGAGGUUCGGUUGCAGGGAGCUGAGAAGGCCGGGAAAGAAAAGAGACAUACCAGCUUCAAACCCUGCUGCAUGCCUUAAAUAAUCCACCAACUCUAUAAACAUCCAUCUAUUUCUGCCA